AUGAUAGUCUUAAUAGCUAGAGAUAGAGGGGGAACAGUGACUAGAAGGCCAGAGCCCAUUAGCCCACCUUAUCACAGAAAGUUUCCUUGGACUAGGAUCCUCAAUUACACUCAGAAGAAGCCUUAUCCCAGAAAGUUUCCUUGGACUUGGUUCUUCGAUUACGCUCCGAAGUGCAAAUUCUGUGGCAGGGAUGGUACAGUGGCAAUGAUUGAAGGAAGAGGCCAACCUCUUACUCAUUCACAAAGUCAGUCAGGGAAGUAUGCUCCAUUGAUGUUGUUUGACUGUAGGGGAUAUGAGCCGGUGGAUUUUGUAUUUGCUGAUGGAUGGAAAGCUGAGUCGCUGGAGGGAACCAGAUUUGAAAAUAUUGACUUGUCAAGUGGAGACUUCGCCGAUUAUGAUGAGAAAGGAGAGUGCCCUGUCACGAUAUCCAAUCUUCGCUCCACUUUUGAGGUGGUGAAGUAGAGUAAACUAGUUUGCUGUUUGCUCAUUUCCGGGUACAUAAAAUCGACCGUUCCAUGUUUUACCUUUUAAGCUCACCUUUGGUUGUAAUUAGGCACUGUAUUCGUGAGAACCUUAAAACUAUACAUGUUAACCAUGAUGUAUUUGGAGGGGGGAGAAACAGCUUCCUAUUUCCAAGUGAUCGAUGUGAAGCACAUUUUAUUUCAUAUUUGGUAAGUUGCGUUAUGUUGAUUGA